AUGGUUGAUGUUAUGAUAAAUAAAUAUUUAGAAACACAAUUAGCUUUAGCUAAACAAAGGCAAGAAAUUAAGAACACCAAUGUAGAUUCAGUAUCUGAAAAAAGUCUAAAAGCUGCCAAUAAAAUUGCAAAGAAACAAGAAAAAAUAUGUAAAAACUUAAAAGAGGAAGACAAAACUAUAGAUAAAGUAUUAACGAAACAAUCCUGUCCAUCAGACCUCACUGAUGAUGAAGAAUAUCUACCGCCAUGUAAAGUGGAUGAAUAUGAUCACAUAAUAGAAAUGCCGUCAACUUCACAGAAACAAAAAAUUAAUAAUAAAAUUAUUGACGAUGGUGACAAAAAAUCUUACAAUGAGAGAAUUGAGAGUUGGAAAAAUAACUUGAAAGCAGCCAAAGAAGGCGACUACAACAUUACAUAUAGCUCUGCUGAUAUACAAUAUGUUUUAGAUGGAAGUAUGGACACUGAAGAGAACCACCAAUUACAAAAUGGAUUAUGUGUGCCGAAUUAUAUAUGGAAGCAAUUAUAUAAAUAUCAAAGAACUGGUGUUAAAUGGCUCUGGGAGUUACACCAGGUUGAAAGUGGAGGAUUGCUUGGAGACGAAAUGGGUUUAGGGAAAACUGUCCAAGUAAUAGCAUUCCUAGCUGGGCUUUCUAAAACCGACAGUGGGUCUUGGGGAGGUCUUGGACCUUGUAUAAUUCUAUCUCCCGCCACAGUUAUAUAUCAGUGGGUUUCACAUUUUCACUACUGGUAUCCACAAAUACGGGUCGCAGUUCUUCAUCACUCAGGCUCACAUGCAGGAAGUCAUCAUAAACUUAUCCGUGAUAUGCACUCCUCACAUGGCAUUUUGCUUGUAACAUAUGCUGGCAUUGUGAAAUACAUAAAAGAUCUUUUAUCAAGAAAAUGGCAUUACAUAAUUUUGGAUGAGGGUCAUAAAAUAAGAAAUCCAGAUACCCAAGUCAGUAAAAUGGUGAAGAGGUUUGAGACACCUCAUAAACUUCUCAUUACAGGUUCCCCCAUGCAGAAUAGUUUACAAGAAUUAUGGUCAUUAUUUGAUUUUAUGAGGCCUGGCCUGUUAGGCACUCAUGCUGCAUUUAUGGAACAUUUUGCUGUCCCUAUUACCCAAGGGGGGUAUGCUAAUGCUAGUGAAUUCCAAGAAGCUACUGCAUUAGAAAUUGCAAAGGCUCUUAAAAAUCUUAUCACUCCAUAUAUGUUGAGGAGAACAAAAACUGAAGUUCAAGAUCACAUUCAUUUACCAGAAAAAAAUGAGCAAGUAUUAUUUUGUUCACUUACUCAGGAGCAGAAAGAUUUGUACAUGGGCUAUCUUAUGAGCAGUACCAUCCGAAGUAUAUUAGACAAAGAGAGUAAACACGGAGAACCGAUGAGAGCUAGGAUACUUGUUGCAUUAUCAACUCUUAGAAAAAUAUGUAACCAUCCUGACAUAUAUCUUUAUGAAGCUUAUGAGGAGACUGAUGAUAUUAAUGAAAAAACUUUCGGUAAUUGGAAAAGAUCUGGUAAAAUGUCAGUGGUACAUUCCUUGCUAAAAAUAUGGCUCAAGCAGGGACAUAGAGCUCUAAUUUUUACCCAAUCAAGGGCAAUGCUUUGCAUAUUAGAACAACAUCUGCAAAAUCACAACUUUAAGUAUCUAAGAAUGGAUGGUAGUGUUAAUGUUGGUGUGAGACAGAAUUUGAUUAAAACAUAUAAUGAAAAUCCUGAAUAUUUGGUGUUUUUAGCUACCACAAGAGUUGGUGGUCUGGGCGUUAAUUUAACAGGCGCUGAUAGAGUUAUAAUAUAUGACCCUGAUUGGAACCCAGCAACAGAUAACCAGGCCAAAGAAAGAGCCUGGAGGAUUGGCCAGGAGAGAAAUGUCACAGUUUACCGACUAUUGUCAGCCGGAACAAUAGAAGAAAAGAUAUAUCAAAGACAGAUAUUUAAAAAUUUCUUAAGUAAUAAAAUAUUAAUAGAUCCCAACCAGAAAAAUGUUUUAACAACUAGUAAUUUGCAAAGUUUAUUUACCCUGGAGAAUCUUAAUUGCGACGGAGAUACCGAAACUACUGCUCUUUUUAAGCAUACCAAGGUAAAUAUCAAUGGCAAUAAAAAGGAUAAAAAUGAUUUAAGUAAAGGUAUGUCUUAUUCUAAGAAAAAAAUAGAAGCCAUGAAGAGACGAGCUAGAGAGAUAAGUAAACAAAUCAAAAAGUAUGCAGAAGUAGGAUCAUCAACGUCCAAGGAUCCAAGACAGGCAUAUAAAGAAAAAAGAGAUUUAAUGUUGAAUCCUCCACCAAAAGAAGACGAACCGGAAAUAAAUAUCGUUAAUAAUGAAAUCACAAAUGUGCCAUUUGAACAUGCUCUCUCCGAAUUAGAUAUAGUUUAUCAACAUACAAAGAAGGAUUAUGAAAAUAAUUUAAUAAAAGAAGCUUUAAGUUCAGCAACUGAAAUUCAAGAGAAUAGUGACGAAAAGGAGACAGUAGAACAAAACGUGGUUGCCGAAAAUCCACCAUCAGAUUCAGUUUCUAUAGAAAAUGAUCUACCGACAAAGAAGGAAAGGAAAAAACGUCACUCAUCCCCAGAUCCAAAAAUUGAUAAUUUAGUUGCAAUUAAAAAAGCGAAAAUUGAGAAAACUAAAAAGGACGUCAAGCUCGGUGAUGACGAUUAUGUUUUAAGUAAAUUGUUUGCAAAGUCUGCUGUUAAAAAUGCAUUACAUCACGACGGAGUCGUUGGUUUGGCUGAAAAGGAAAAAAGACACCGAAUUAAAGAAGAUGCUAUUAAAGCUGCCAAAAAAGCUAUAAGGGCUAUAAAAUUUUCUUCCUAA